UGUAUCUGCACUGAACCACUCUGCUAGCUGUGAUAGCAGCCUAGCUCGGUUAUUUCUAUUAGGAUUUAUUGUUUUAGGACAGUGUUUUGUAAUUAAUUAUGGAUAUAUCACCUCGUUUAAGAUGCUUUAGCGACUCCCAUCAUUUGGAGGAGUUUAAAGAUGAAGAUGUGCGGACGGUUACUUCAGUAGAGCAGGAAAAAGUGGAGCACAGUAUUAAAGAGGUUCUCAAUGUUUACCAGCAAAUCCACAGCUCUCCACAGCCAACCUUAUUAAGAGAGCAGCACUACCAGUACCUCAAGAAGGGUUUACGCCAUCUUUCUGACGCCUACGAGUGUUUGGAUGCCAGUCGGCCUUGGCUCUGUUACUGGAUCCUGCACAGUCUGGAGCUGCUGGAGGAGCCUGUUCCUGCUUCCAUGGCAUCAGACGUUUGCCAGUUCCUGGCGCGGUGUCGGAGCCCGACGGGCGGAUUCGCCGGAGGUCCGGGCCAGCACGCUCACCUCGCACCCACCUACGCCGCCGUCAAUGCCCUCUGCAUCCUGGGCACGGAGGAGGCCUACGACGUCAUAGACAGGGAGAAGCUCCUGGACUUCCUGUUCUCUGUGAAGCAGCCAGAUGGCUCCUUUAUAAUGCAUGUAGGUGGGGAGGUGGACGUCAGGAGCGCGUACUGUGCGGCAUCUGUGGCCUCCCUUACGAACAUCAUCACCCCGGCGCUGUUUGAGGGAACACCUAACUGGAUCCUCAGUUGUCAGAACUGGGAAGGUGGUUUAGGAGGGGUGCCCGGUCUGGAGGCUCAUGGCGGCUACACUUUUUGUGGCACGGCUGCUCUGGUCAUCCUGGGAAAGGAGCACAUGCUGGAUCUCAAGUCCUUAUUACGCUGGGUCACCAGCAGACAGAUGCGCUACGAGGGAGGAUUCCAGGGCCGGUGUAAUAAACUGGUGGACGGCUGUUACUCCUUCUGGCAGGCGGGUCUGCUGCCGCUGCUCCACAGAGCGCUGUUUAACGACGGAGAAGUGACGUUGAGUACGAAGAGUUGGAUGUUCGAGUCUCAGGCGCUGCAGGAAUACAUCCUGCUCUGCUGCCAGAACCCUGGAGGCGGCUUGCUGGACAAACCGGGGAAAGCCAGGGAUUUCUACCACACGUGCUACUGCCUGAGCGGACUCUCUAUAGCACAGCACUUCGGAAAUAAAGAUCUCCACAAUGAGCUGGUCCUCGGAAAAGAAGAGAACCGACUGGCACCGACUCACCCAGUGUACAAUAUCGGCCCGGAGAAAGUUGCCCAAGCCUUCCAGCAUUUCCACAAGCUCCCAGUGCCAACCGACAGAGGAGCAGCAACAGCAGCAGCAGCAUCGAGCACUGAAGACCAGUUGUAGGCUUUCAAUGAAUAUGAAAUGAUCUGGGCUACAAGCGGAGACGUCGGGUGUAAAUGCUGUCGUUCAAAUCUGUGCUGGUAAACGAGUCUUACUAAAACCGGUUAGCAUGUGCGAAAGACUGCGGUCGCCGAUUAGGACGGGUUUUCCACGCCAGCCUUCGGCUUAAUAAUCGAAUCUGCACACGGUGGCUUGCUCUUUUAACGUGCUUUAUGGUUUUAGUAAUGCUGGCCUACGGUGCUGUGGAAAUAAACGGAAAUAAAACGACUGCUUUUCUGGUUUCA